UGCUACGGAACUUCAGUGCUGUUUCUCUUUAGCUUUCUAGCCGGGAAAUUUGUGUGUAUAUUGCGCGCCUCUUGUGAAAAUGUCGGACUCGGAGCCCGAGCUUCCCGGAGGUUGUGGUGGAGCUUAUGGAGUGGAAGAGCCCCAGCCCCAGGCCCAGUGGAAGCGCUACGGUGAUUCAAGAAGAAGGGCGAAUGCUGCGUAUGAAGAAAGAGAAAAAGGCCUUAGUUGUCGAAGGAGCUGCAGGAAGAGAGUGGUGUUGAGCGAAGAGACAUUCCGACGAUGGAAAAGAGUCAAAGAGAACGAGUUUGAUGAUUCAACCAACGACGAAUUUGCGUCCUCCCUACUGGACAGUUUCCUAACUGCCAGUACAUCAUCAGCUACCACUACCAGUAGAUCUAGACCAUCAGCUGAAAUACCUUCCAACUCUGCAUAUGUUGCUGAGAUGAAAAAGCUGAGAAUGCAACCUUGCUCAUCGUCUACACCACACCAUGGAACGGAUGUUCAUUAUGACAGCUCCGAAGAUGUCAUUUCAGCGCCCUCGGAAGUUGGAUCUUCAUCUUCAUGUAUAUCAGGGAUUCAACGAGUUGACAUUUCUGAAGAUACAUGGAAAGACAAUGAACUAGAUAUAAGUGUCAGUUAUAGACAUGGAGAAAUCGCGGAGCAAGAAGAUGAUGACAGUGAAUUCGAUGAUGACGAUGAACUUGAUGAUCCUGAUUAUGACCCUGACAUCACAAUCCAUACUGGACCAUUGCCAACAGAAUUGGAUACGGUUGGUGAAGAGGAGAUGGUGAUGGGGGAACUUCCUCCUGAGGCGCCCAAUGAGCCAUGCGGUCUCUCGACAAGGAGUGGGAUGCAUUGCAUAGCCAGUCCUGAGGAGGCUGCAGAUGCAAGAUUGUGCAUUGCAUCCCACAGUGCCCUGAAGUCCCUGUGCCGAGAGGCCAGGGGAAUGUGCCGGCAGUGUGGGAAGAUGACGGACAUCAACUUAGCGUCAUCUGGAACAUCUGUGCAUGUGACAUGGGUUUGUCCUGAUGGUCACAGUUCCAGCUGGUGUGCACAGGAAACUUUGCGGAGAUCUCAUGUUGGAGACAUGAAACUGGCAAGUGCUGUUGUCAUGACUGGCAACAAUUUCAGCAAGAUUAGCCUAUUGGCCAGGUUCAUGUCUCUCAACAUGAUUUCGAACCCUAGUUUCCAUGCAUACCAGCGGAAAUAUGUGGCUCCAACCGUGGAGGCCAAGUGGUCAGAGAUGCAGGAUGAAAUUUGGAGCAGGCACAGGGAAUCUCCUGUGGUGGUGUGUGGAGAUGGACGCAAUGACUCUCCGGGUUUCUGUGCCCGCUACCUAACCUAUAUCCUGAUGGAUCAUGAAUCUAAAGAUGUUCUUGACGUCCAGAUAGUGGAAAAGAGGGAGACAGCAAACAGCCCUGCUAUGGAGCUGGUGGGGCUCAAACGAGCCCUCAACAGAGUAGAGGAGGCUGGCAUCACAGUCGAAGAACUGGUGACAGAUGCUCACCCAUCCAUCGGUCGCUUUAUGAGAGAGAAGAAAGGAACCAUUCGCCAUUCUUGGGAUGUGUGGCAUGCAGGCAAAAAUCUGGGGAAAAAGGUGGUGAAGGCAGCAGGAAAGGUCUCCACAAAACCGCUGCUGUAUUGGGUGCGCCACAUUGUGUUCCAUUUUUGGUGGUGUGCUCAGACUUGUGGGAGAAGUGGACGGUCAUUCAUAGCAAAAUGGAGGGGUUUGACACACCAUGUGACAGACAAACAUGAAUGGGUGGCAGGGCUGGAUGGGGAUGUCAUCAAGUGUGCCCACGACGAAUUGCCAGAGAGGGAGGAGUGGCUGGCCAAAGGAUCCCUAGCACACCAGGCUCUUGUUGCGGUGUGCUAUGACCGGAGAUUUCUGAACAAUAAGGACCGGUUUUUGACAUUCAGGCAUACCAGUACUAUCGAGUCGCUGAACAACCACAUUCUUAUGUAUGCUUCUAAGCGGUUCUCCUUUGGCUAUCGUGCAUUCAAAGCACGAAACUACAUGGCGGUCAUCGACUAUCAAGCCCACAAGGAUCGGCCCAACAAGACUGAUGAGGAAGGCAAUCCAAAACACCUUGUAAGGUGGUCAAAGCAUGCCGGACAGUAUGUCACUGUAGGAGUGAAAGUAGCCAAGACAUACCCGUAUAUUCGGCAGAUGAUGACAGACAUCUUCAAGCGACGAGCAGAAGAUGUCUUGCCACUUUUCUCACCUGUCGAACUAGACGAGCACGACCCACGCCACAUCAGACCACGACUAGCGCAACUGCCCCUACCAUCAGUGAAUGAGAUUUUGGAAAGGAGGAAAAGCCGUUUCUCUGUAUGAACUUUCUCAUCCAUUAAAUUGAGGGGAGGAGUUCAAGACCAGAUUUGAUUAACAAACCGCUCAACAUUUGUGUGCUUCUAACAUCCAAAUUAUUGUGUAAUAAUGCUGUCUGCCAUUACAGCCAUUAACUGUAUUAGUAUCAUUUACAAACUGGGCAAUAUGAAUUUGUUUUCAUAGUAGAUUGAUUCUAAGAAUAGACAACAAUCGUCUUGCAGUAAAUAGAUUCGUUAUUGAUCAUCAAGGUGAUUCAUCCUUUAUGAUCUAAGUUCUUUAUGAGCUUUCUCUAUCCUACUCAAUUGAUUUACAGGGAAUGAAACAGAGUUAGUAUUACUUUCCCAAUUGCACUCAUGAAGUUACAAAAUAAAAUGAUAGAACAGAGAUGUUAAUCCCUAAUACUGAAAAGAAAAACAACAUUGUGUUUAUCAAAACCAAAAUUACACUGACUUUAUUCGACUUGAACUAUCUUUAGAAUCUGGUUCAACUGUACUUGCUUUAUAUUACUGUCUAAAGUGAACACACAUUGAUAAUAAAAAAUAAGUUAUACAAAAAACAGAAUGAAAGUGCAAUUAUAGAGUGCUGGUCAACUUUUUCGCACAUUGACUUUCCUGGUACAAAAUUUAAAAGCAAGUUUCAGAAAAAAUAGAAAAAAAAGGGA